AUGGCCUACCCUCAUCCUCUCUCUGCUCUGAGCAGCAGGGAAACAAACCUUGCACGAGAUAUUGUCAAGGAAGCACACCCUGGCUCGACAUUGUAUUUUAGACAAUCCUAUCUCUUCGAGCCGCCCAAAGUGGAAGUUCUGAAAUUUCUACAACUUGAGCACUCUGGUAACUUGCACACCACAUCGCCACGACCCGAUCGUUGCGCUCAGGUGUUCUACGACAUCAUCGGUGGAGAUCAGCAAGUGCAGUAUUAUGAGUCGGUCGUUGAUCUAACUCAAAAGACGAUUGUUGAGCAGGAGGUCAUCAGCCCUGAGCAUCAAUCAAGUCUUACCAUUUACGAGUUUGACACUGUUGUGAAAGCUGUUCAAGAAUCCGAGUUGUUCAAGGAGAAGCUGAGCAAAAUCAGGCUGCCCACUGGAUUCGAGCCUGUUAUUGAGCCUUGGCCUUACGGUGCGCCAGAUAUCCAAGAUGGCAACACGCGUUAUUUCCAAGCUCUCAUUUUCGCCCGGGAUACAAGAAAGGGCCCAAACUCCAACUUCUACUCGCAUCCAAUCCCUCUUAUUCCCGUUAUGGACGCCAGGACAAAGAAGAUCGUUCGCAUUGAAGAAGCAGCCGCUGGUGGCAAGGGCGAUAGCCUAACGGCCAAGACACAUGCGCCAGGUCUGCUUGAUCACUGCCAGUCCGCAGAGUAUGUCCCCGAGCUUCUUCCUGGAGGUACACGGCAGGACUUGAAGCCGUUGAUGGUCGUGCAGCCAAAUGGACCUAGCUUUUCUGUUACAGAGGGAAACCUUGUUCAGUGGCAAAAGUGGCGGAUGCGAGUGACAUUCAAUCCUCGCGAAGGAGCUGUCCUGCACGAUAUCCGAUACGAUGGCAGGCCGAUUAUGUACAGAUUGAGUAUUAGCGAUAUGACUGUUCCCUACGCCGAUCCGCGACCCCCUUACCAUCGAAAGCAAGCGUUCGACUUUGGUGAUGGUGGUCUCGGCAAUGCCGUUAACAAUCUGACACUCGGGUGUGAUUGCCUUGGAGUCAUCAAGUAUUUCAACGGUGUCCUUAUCGACUCCGACGGAACUGCCGAAGACACAAAGAACGUCAUCUGUCUCCACGAACAAGACAACGGCAUCAACUGGAAGCAUACUGACUGGCGCACUGGCCGUGCCGUUGUAACACGACGUCGAGAACUCGUCAUCCAGUUUAUCAUUACCCUUGCCAACUACGAGUAUAUCUUCAAUUACAAGUUCGAUCAAUCAGCUGGCAUUGUCGUAGAGGCCAGAGCGACAGGAAUCGUCUCUGUUGUCAACAUCGAUCCUGGUAAGACAAGCGACUGGGGUAAUGUCGUUAGUCCUGGAGCGUUGGCGCAAAACCAUCAACAUGUCUUUUGCGUGCGAAUGGAUCCUGCAAUUGAUGGAAAUGAAAACACCGUGGUUCAAGAAGAGAGUCUCCCGCUUCGGAUGGACCGUCGGACAAAUCCCAAUGGCAACCUAUAUGAGGUGCGUAAGACGCAGAUCACAACCUCUCAAGGUGUCGAUGCAGCACCUUUCAACAAUCGAGUCUUCAAGGUACAGAACCUGAAUAAACUCAACCCCAUCACCGGCAACCCAGUAGGGUACAAGAUUACCCCGCCACCAACCCAGCUCCUCCUAGCCGACCCGAACAGCGUCCAAGCCAAACGUGCAUUAUUCGCCAAGCAUCACCUCUGGGUUACCAGGUACAAGGAUCACGAAUUAUAUGCGGGAGGAAGGUAUACACUUCAGAGUAAGAUUGAAGUGGGCGGUGUCAGCGACGCAGCAGAUCGCAAUGAAGAUGUUCUGAAUCAGGAUAUCGUUCUGUGGAGCGUCUUUGGACUCACGCACAAUCCUAGGAUCGAGGAUUGGCCCGUUAUGCCUGUGGAGAUGCUUCAGUUGCAUAUUACACCUUCAGACUUUUUUACAGGGAACCCGUCGAUUGACGUGCCUUCGGAUAAGGAUAUUGGAUCGAGGUUAACGUCUGGAUGUUGUAGAGAAGAAGUUAAACUCUAG